GCCCCGCGCGCGGCGGGCACGCUAACAAGCCCCCGGAGUUCCCUCGCUGGUAGAGUGGCCGUCCAUAGGCGCCGUAUUGCGUGAGACGACCCUGACGGCGCCGGUCCAUCAGUCGUCGGCCCGAGCCAUGGCGCUGUUCCGGGGAAUGUGGAGCGUGCUAAGAGCACUGGGGCGCACGGGGGUCGAGAUGUGCGCGGGCUGCGGAGGUCGCAUCCCCUCGUCUAUCAGCCUUGUCUGUAUUCCGAAGUGUUUUUCCAGCUUGGGUGGUUAUCCAAAGAAACCUAUGAGUUCAUACCUCCGAUUUUCCACAGAACAGCUACCCAAAUUUAAAGCUAAACACCCAGAUGCAAAACUUUCAGAAUUGGUUAGAAAAAUUGCAGCCCUGUGGAGGGAGCUACCGGAAGCAGAAAAAAAGGUUUAUGAAGCAGAUUUUAAAGCUGAGUGGAAAGCAUACAAAGAAGCUGUGAGCAAGUAUAAAGAACAGCUAACACCAGGUCAACUGAUAGGUAUUGAGAAAGAAGCCCGGCAGAAACGGUUGAAAAAGAAAGCACUAGUGAAAAGAAGAGAAUUAGUUUUGCUUGGAAAACCAAAAAGACCUCGUUCAGCAUAUAACAUUUAUGUGUCUGAAAGCUUCCAGGAGGCAAAGGAUGAUUCGGCUCAGGGAAAAUUUAAGCUUGUAAAUGAGGCUUGGAAAAAUCUGUCUCCUGAGGAAAAGCAAGCAUAUAUUCAGCUUGCUAAAGAUGAUAGGAUUCGUUACGACAAUGAAAUGAAGUCUUGGGAAGAGCAGAUGGCUGAAGUUGGACGAAGUGAUCUCAUCCGUCGCAAUGUGAAACGAUCAGGAGAAAUCUCUGAGCAUUAAGAUCGAAGGCGGAGUUGUCAUUGGGAUUAGGCCCAAGAAACCAGUUAGGUCUCAAAGCCUUAAAUUGUCAAACUAGAAAGGAUAAAGGUGGUUAACCUUUGACAUUCAGAUCAUUUUUCUGUAGCCAUGGACUUUCUAUUAAUGUUUUGAGCCUUGACAGAAGAUCAUGCUGAGCUCUGCCUUUUGCUUAAGAACUGGAAUGGAGACUGUCCAUGCAUCUGCAUGCAUUGGUGAAUCAUUCUGCAUUUGAUGGGCUAGAUAGACUGUGAAGUGACUUUCACACUGGUGACAGUUGUGGUGGUUUUGUGAUGUUUUUACACUGAUAACCGUUACAUAUGGGUGUGGCCCUUGUGUUCCACGUCAGAGCUUCUCUCCCAGCUGUGGCAGAGCUAUGGAUAACUGCAUUUUCAAAGAAGCUCCCAGGCUUUACUAGAUGGAAUGAUUCCUAGACACAAAUCAUGUGUAGAGUUGAUGUUUGUACAUAAUAAGUGAUUGUUGAUGUCCUAAUAGCAUUUUAUAGUAGGAACAGAGAGAUUUACACAUCUUUCUCAAAUUAAGAAAUUAUGUACCAAGUCUAUGCAUAGGUUUUUCUUGCAUAGAAUAAAAACUCUUAAUUUUCCAAACA